ACCUCAAUGGGGCAAUUGACAAAACGUAAGCAAACAUGCCAGCCUUUCAAACAAUCUCUUGCAACCAACUAGCACAUGGUUUUGCUUCCCAUGUAUCCCUGCAAUGUGGGAACUCCAUGAAACAGAUGUUGUCUGGCCUUGUGAAUAUAUACCCAAGUCACUUGCUUUCCCUUCUAUCCACCGCAAGUCUAGCAUUCAGAAUCUGGAAUUUAAAGCAUUUUCUUUUACUUCUCUCAAAAUUUUCCAUUCCAUUUAUAGACUAACAAGAUGAUCGGUCCCAAGAAGCUCCUGAAAUUGACAAGGAAAUGGCAGAAGAUAGCUGCUAUUAGGCGAAAACAGAUAGCGUUGCCACAGACCAUUAGAAAUACAUAUACAAGUAGUUGUAGCACAUCGCCAAUGGCCGAAAAGGGCCAUUUUGUUGUGUACUCUGACGAUCAGAAACGCUUUUUGCUUCCUUUGGAAUAUCUUAACAAUGAAAUUAUUAGACAGCUAUUUGACAUGGCAGAAGAAGAGUUCGGAUUACCAACCACAGGGCAUAUCACAUUGCCAUGUGAUGCAGAGGUUAUGGAGUAUGCUAUUGCUUUGAUCAAACAGAAUGUCAAUACAGAUGUGCAGAGAGCAUUAUUGAUGUCCAUAGCUAGCAGUUUCUGUUCAUCAUUUUUCUAUCUCCAAAAUAAAGAAACAGUCCAUCAACUACCAAUUUGCAGCUUCUGAAUAGUUAAUUUGAUUUUUAUUGAUCUAUACACAAGUGUACAUUGAUAGUUAUUAAUUUUAUUAAGGAUACCAUAAAUUUUGGUC